UGAAUUCUUUGUCAUUUAGAUUGUAAAUUUUUGUGACUUCAGGGUUGGUUUCUAUCCUGUCACUUUCCUUCUGAUCUGAAGUGUAAUGUAUUUCUUCAUGGUGUUUGAUGAAGUGGACCAUUGUGGGCACAUAGUCUUAGCAUUUGGUCACAGAUUCCACCUGCCACCACUGGGAGGUGCAGCAGGAGCUGUGAGUUUUGAAUCUGCCACACCCACUGGAGGUUGUGCCAGUAUGGCUCAUCUCUGUUUGCCUGCUGGCGGCUGCUGCUUAGCGGGUCCCACACACAGGCAGUGGCCCUCUGGUGCAGAUCCACUGCCCUGGCAAACCACCCAAGCUAGUGUGCCAGGUGGGAGGAGAGGGAUGCCUUUGCACAUGUGAGCCUGCACUGCACUCACUGGUGGCCUGCCUGGGCUGCUUGGCUUGCUGGGGGCACCCAUGUGGUGGCUGAGCUGCCUCAGUGUGGAGCAGUCCUGCGGGCUGGGGUGCAACUCUGAAAGUGAAAGCCUUCCCGCAGAGGCCUUCCUGUUUCCCCAUGUCCUCUCAGAGUUGCAUGCCAGCUGCUGUGUGAGGUCCCUCGCCCUAGAUCACUGCUGCUGGGAAGGGGGAGGAGAUCUGCUCAUUUCCUUCCACUGCUUCCUGGGAAUCCAGGACCCCCACCUUCAGACCUUAUGGCUGCGUGGCUCUCUCAGACAUCCUCUUGUGCUGUGUGGCUGUCCUCUGUGGAUUAAUGAAUGUCCUUUUGGUUGUGUCUUAGCGGGGAGAGACUAAAGGAACAGCUCACUCCACCAUGAUGAUGUUACUCUCCCCAGAGUUUCAGUUUUACAAGAUGAAAAGAGUUCUGGAGAUGGAUGUUGGUGAUGGCUGCACAACAUUCUGAAUGUAGUUAAUACGUCUGACCUGUACACUUAGAGAUGGUUAAGAUACUAAGUUUUAUGUUAUGUGUAUUCUACCACAGGAAAAAAACUGCUAUUUAUAGUAAAUACUGAAAUUGAUCAUUUAUUUUAGAACUGUGUAACACUUUGAAGAAUGUAGAGUUUUGCAGUUCUUAGGAUAUCAGCUAAAUCUGACUUGAAGAGACCUACAAUGGAUGCGCUUUCUUUUGCUUGGUGGUAAAACUGCACCUUCUGGAAUCCUGAAAAAUAUUUUUCUUGAAUAUAAAUCUAUUGUGCACAAAUAUUUAAUAGAGUCACACUGAUGCCCACAGCCUGAGAAUAUGUUCAUAGAUUACAAAUCCUGUUACAAAUCAAGACUAGGAUAGGUUCUCUUGCUGCAGAUUCUCUCCAGUACUGACCAGAACAACCAAAAUCCGUAAAACAGUCAAGUCUCUGGAAAAAGGUGUGAAGGUUGCUUUGUAGACUUUUAGACAAAGUGCAGAAUUAAAGGACAUAAUUUGUUGUUCUUAAUUUCAUCUAUUUGAUUUACCUAAUGAGAAGGAAAAUAUUUCCUUAAAGAGCCAUUUCUUGACAUAUUUAUCUUCAUUGGAACCCACAUUAAUCAGAUUUGUCCUUUGGAUUAAGACACUGGUGAGGUUAUCAGCUGCAUUAAAAGAGCUUACCAUCAAAAUGAUGCAUUUUCUACAGAGACAAAAAAGCUUGGAACUCUGGAAUGUUGUGGCAGUGUCCUCAAUAAGUAUUUGACUUCACUGGGUUUUCCACCUGUUUAGGUUCUCGUGAGCACUGGAGAUCAUUCUCAACAGGAGAGGUAGACCUCCUUUGUGUUGUAAAUACAUUUUUGUGAAGGGAAACAUUAACUUUGGCAGGAGUUCAAUGAAGGGAUCUCUGAGGAAUUGACAUUUAAACCAAGAUUGAAGGAAAUAAGUAUGGGGUGGAAAAUUGUGUUUGGAUUUGGGUGGAAAUUAGGGAUGGCAACAGUGAACAGUGUAGAAGUGACAGCAAUGCUACAUUGUGUUUAUGAUGUUCUGAGAGAGCAAACAAUGUCAACUCUUGGAUGUCUGAUGGAGGCAUUAAAAAGAUUAGAGACUAAAGAGUAGUAUUGGGGGGAGUGAGAGGUAAUGUCCUGAGAUAUAUUUCAUUUCAAGUGCAUGUUAGUUUGCAAAUAGAGAUGAGAGCUCAGAAACGAAAUUCAGACAUGAAUUUUGUCAAUUUCAAUUUAGAAACAAUAAUGGAAGAAUUAAAGCAACUGAAUGGAUGUGUGAGCAAGCUGAGGCAUACCAGUGUACGGAAGUGAGGAAGGCUGGAGUGGGAUGGAGUCUUGAGAUGUUCCAACAAUGUUAUUUGAGAAACUUCUGACAAGUGAUAAGGAGUUGGAAUAACAAGAUUAAUUUGAAGACAACAGUAGACUGAGAUCUCAGAAGAAUGUAGGAAAAACUUUACCUCCUGUUGCUUGGACUGUGUGUGAGUGAAAACCCAGAAGACAUUUGGCAGCUGAGCUAGUGACAAUGGAAUCACAAGAAUCAGUGACCUUCGAGGAUGUAGCUGUAGUCUUCACGCAAGAAGAGUGGGCUCUGCUGGACACAUCCCAGAGAAAACUGUUCAGAGAUGUGAUGCUGGAGAACAUCAGUCAUCUGGUCUCAAUUGGCAGUCAGUUCUACAAAUCAGAUGUUAUUUCCCAUUUGGAGCAAGGAGAGCAGCUUUCAAGAGAAGGGAUAUGUUUUCUGCAAGGCCAGAGUCCAGACUGGGAAGGUGAUCUUAAAAAACAAGAAGUGAUAUGCAUGCAACAUAUCUGCAAGAAGGACACAUCCUUAAUCAGUGCAAUGAGUUCUCACACUCAAGAGGAUUCUUUUGAAUGUAGUGAUUUGGGAGAAAAUUUUACUGAAAUUUUAACAUUGACUCAAUGUGUGAUGCCUCCAAUGGGAAAGAAACCCUAUAUCAGCCAAGAAUUUGGAAAAGCCAUCAGUUACUUGUCAUCGUUUAAUCAACUUAAGCAAAUUCACACUAGAAGUAAAUCAUAUGAAUGUCAUCAACAUGAGAAUGCUUUUAUUCAAGGCUCUGCCCUUAGACAACACAAUAAUCCUCAAACUGAAGAGAAGACAUUUGAAUGUCAUGUAUGUGGGAAAGCCUUCAGUAAAAGUUCUAACCUCAGACGACAUGAGAUGAUUCACACUGGAGUGAAACCACACGGAUGUCAUCUAUGUGGAAAAGCCUUCACUCAUUGUUCUGACCUUAGAAAACACGAGAGAAUUCACACUGGAGAGAAAUCAUAUGGAUGUCAUCUGUGCGGGAAAGCCUUCAGUAAAAGUUAUAACCUGAGGAGACACGAGAUAAUUCACACCAGAGAGAAACCACAUGAAUGUCAUCUCUGUGGGAAAACCUUCACUCACUGUUCUGACCUUAACAAACAUGAGAGAACUCACUUUGGAGAGAAACCAUAUGAAUGUCAUCUAUGUGGGAAGACAUUCAGUAAAACGUCUUACCUUAGACAACAUGAGAGAACUCACAAUGGAGAGAAACCAUAUGAAUGUCAUCUAUGUGGGAAGGCCUUCACUCAUUGUUCUCACCUUAAAAAACACGAGAGAACUCACACUGGAGAGAAACCAUAUGAAUGUCAUCUAUGUGGAAAAGCUUUCACUGAAUCUUCUGUUCUUAGACGACAUGAGAGAACUCACACUGGAGAGAAACCAUAUGAAUGUCAUCUGUGUUGGAAAGCCUUCACUGAUUCUUCUGUCCUUAAACGACAUAAGAGAACUCACACUGGAGAGAAACCAUAUGAAUGUCACCUGUGUGGGAAAGCCUUCAAUCACUCUUCUGUCCUUAGACGACAUGAGAGAACUCACACUGGUGAAAAACCAUAUGAAUGCAAUAUAUGUGGUAAAGCCUUCAAUAGAAGUUAUAACUUUAGACUGCAUAAGAGAAUUCACACUGGAGAGAAACCAUAUAAAUGUUGUCUGUGUGGGAAAGCCUUCAGUAAAUAUUUUAACCUUAGACAACAUGAGAGAACACACACUGUUAAGGUAAUAAAUAUGCAAGAGUCACUACCCGUAGCUUCAAACUAUAAACACUCUUGAGGACUCACACACAUUGAUGAAACACUAUGUUUGUAAUCAGUGUAGAAGAUCCUUUAUUAAUCCUUGUUACUUCACUCAGCUGAAGUUAAUUCAAAGUGGAGAGAAUUCAUAGGUAUGUCAUCUAUGUGACAAAACCUUUAGACAGUGGACUGACGUGGGAGACAGUAUAUGACCUGGGAGAACUAACUGUAAAUGAAUGAAUGUGGAAGAAUCUUCAUCCACAGCUCUGAAACAAAAUGGAGCAAUCACAUCAGAGAAAUGCUAUGUAUGUAAUCAAUGUAGAAAUACCUUCAUUUAUAAUUUGUCUUCUAAAUAAAUAAGUAAACUGCACAGGAAAGAAAAUCUAGAUUUUUAAUCACUGUGCACUCUCCAUUUAGCACCACUCUUGGCAUACACAAGAAAAUUCGGUGUCAAGUAACUGCUGAAACAAGAAAUAAGUCAAAAAAAGUUGUUACUAGGAGGAUGAUAGAAUUUUGUUGCCAAAGGGCUUUGUGCAACAAGAACAAACUAGGACAUGAAGAAUAUCGAAGAUAUUUGGAGUAUCAUUUUCAGAAUGCCUCACAUAUUUACACUAAUUUAUGAAAUGACCAAGUACUGCCCCUCCUAGUGACAGGCAAAGCCAGGAGAGCAGAAGGAAGCCAAGAGAAUCUGUUCUUGCCCAUCUUCCCCUGUCACAAUAGCCAUGAAUCCACACGUCACCAACUGGGAAUGAGACCCUUGAGUCCCAGCCCUUCUCACACACAAAUGCAGAAGGCAAGGAGAAAAAAAGUGGAGCUUCUCCUCUGCCAGGAUAACAAGAGGCUUGGUCCUUGGUACUCAGUUGAACGUGACUGAUGUCCCUGUUUCACAAGUGUCAAAACUGAGAAAAUAGAUGCAUAUAAUUAACAGCCCAUGUUUUUCUGAGGGAAUAUGCAAUACCCUUCCCACUUUAUUUCUGUGCUUUUGUUUGAAUUUAUAUUAUUGAUAUGUCUUCAAAUGGACUAAUUUUGUUUUCUACAUGUAAAGUCUAUUAAACUCAUCUGUUAACAUCACCCACAGAACAUAGUUUCCCAAACCCAGCAGUAUUGAAUUUCUCCAUCUCUUCAUGUUUCUUUUCAUUUCCUCUAUUUUAUGUAAUAUAAUAAUUACUAUAAAUUCCUUUUCUCCUAACUCCAGUCUAAAGAUAUAUGUGGGUUUAUUCAUCAUGUGUCUUUUUUCUUAUUUUUCUAUCUCCUUUCCAGCUUCUUUGUAAAGAUCUGUUGUGUUUUUUUUUUUUUCAAUUUUUGUUAGACAUUGUCUAAGAAAAAGGAAGAGACUGAGGUUGAGGUGGUUUUACCCAGAGAGGUUGACUGUUCUCUCUCUUAGGUAGAUAGAGUGAAGACAUCACUUUUUCCACUAGGAAUUGAAAGACACUCAGGCUAGGUUGCAGCCUUGAUUUCAGUCAGUCUGACCUUCAUUCCUUUCAGGUCAUUCUUCUGAAUUUAUUACAGGCAUCUUCCAAAGUACCGUAAACUGAGAAGGUAUUACACUGACUUUCUUGUUCUGUCCCCACCUAAUAACCUAUGGGGAAAAGCAGCCUGGUAUUGGAGGUUCUCUAUAUUUCAAUCAGCCCACCCCAGUCCACAUGUCCAUAUGUUCAUCUGCUUGUUUUUAUUCCUGAGUAGUGUCUUUUUGCCUGUUAUUUUCAGAUUUUGGAAGCAAUUUCCCCAGCUGUGGAAAUCAGAUGAUCUCACCUCUCCUAACAAGGACUCUCCCUUUCUGGAAUCUUAGUUCUUGUAGUCCUCUCUAGUUCCACAACUCUCUAAGUUUAAAACAAUACACUUUUAAAGUGAAUAUUUUCUAUUUCCUGUCUUGGCUCUACUUACACACAUUACCUGGAAGCAGAAAUCCCAAUAUUUUGCUUGAACAAAUUUCCAGCUUAUUUCUCCUCAGUCCAGAAAGGCUAUCUAUUUUUUCUGGGACUAUCCUCCCAUGGUGUUAAUUUUCAAAUGCUUCAGGAGAAAAACCAGUAUGGACGUGGUACUCACAUUGUUGGGCUUCCUGUUUCUCACAGAUUGUAUCUCAAGUUCUGUCAGAACAGGCUGCACUCCAGUGCCUUUAAACAGUUAGGUAUUUUAUUAAGAUUUUAUUGUUGAUAUUGGUUGGUCAGUCCAAUGAAAGCUACUCAGUCAUGGAAGAAAUGAAAAUAUUUUACCCUGAGAUAUUUUAAACCAAAGAAUGAUUCAUCUCUUAUUUUAACAUAUAAAAUAUUUAAACCAGAACUUUGAAAAUACUACUGACUAUUCAUAUAGGAAAAAUUCUCCACAAUUGACAGCUUGUAAUUACGUUAAAACCUUGAUGCAUCCUCAUGGGAAACUGGUUUAAUGAUCUCCACUUUCCUAAUUUAAUUUUUGGUGUUGCUUUUGUAUCAAACACCCAUAUGCAGAUCUUUUGUUUUCACCUCUUCUACCUUAUGGCACCAUAAGAACCAGCUCUUCUGGGCUCUGAUGAAGGUCAGCACACGUUUUGUUCCUGUUCCAUGUGCUCCCCACCACCCCCUAGUCUUGGGUUUCCAUGUUCAUGUCAAAGUGUGACAUGUCCCAUUAUCAAAGCACAAGUACAGGCAUAGCCAGCUUUCCCUUUAAUGAUUUGUGUGUGUGUGUGUGUGUGUGUGUGUGUGUGUGUGUGAGCAAUUGUGUGUGGUCAGAGGGCAUAUGGUGAUUGUAUGAUCUGUGUACAGACAUGUUUCCCUGGUGUUUGUGUGACUUAGAGAAUGUAAGCCAUUAUGGCAUCUGUGACAGUGGUCAGUGUGGAAGGUCCACAUGUAAUUGCCAGAACAUAUACAUGUGAUACCAAGUUGUAUGUGUGGCCAUUUGUUGUGUGUGUGUCUUAGGGUUUGCAUUUGUUAAGAGGAUGUUGUAACUGUGGGAUCAGUGUGUGUGAUCUUUGUGUUUCACUGUGUGUGCAAGGUCAGAAGUGUUGUCUACCAGGCACCUGUUCAACAGUCAUCACCCCUGGAGCACCAGUGAGUCCAGCAAAGGCUCACAGGGCACUCUGGGGAGCCCAGGAAAAGUAAAACCAGCAGUGUAGUCAAGCUUGUGGGAUUUGCUGGGUCUAUGGAGACUGGAGGGGCCAGAUCCUGACCAGUGGGAAACUAGAAUCCAGGGUCUGAAUGGAUCAGAGAUGGGGAACCAGUGGGCAUCAGUGAUUGUGGCUCUGAGUGGGAGAGUGGGAACUGAGUUAUAGAGAUCUGUGGUGGAAGUCCUAUACAUUUGGGGAUUGAGGAUCCUAGGUUCUCCACCAGGCAAAAGGACCAAAACCACUUUGAGGCAACAAUCCCAAGGCAAAGAUAUGGGGUGAUGUGUUGUUGAUGGAGGAAGGAGGGGCAGAUGCAGAAACACCUUGGGGUAAGGCAGAGGAGGCACAGGCUGGUCCCCACUGGCCUUGCCUUUCUCAAGGCCCCACUCCUACCAGGCCAUAUCCCACCUGACUGAAGCCCUGCUCUGCCCCUGCCCCAUCUUGGGCAACGCCCCUCCCUGACCAUUACCCCUCUUGGGCCAAGACCCACCUGCCUCUUAGUUUCGGAAGUGGAUUUCAGAGCGAAGGUCCCACUCCAGUGAGUAAGCCCUGGUCUUUAAGGUUCAAACCCAUGCUCUGUGGCCCCCCCCUUGCCCCAUCCUCCACACCCACAGUCUAGGGGUCGGUCCCUGCAGAUGCCACAGUCCACGCACCAGCCUGUCCUGCUGGCAGAGAGGCCAGCGUCGUUUCAAACACUCAGGAUGCCAGUUGUUCCACUGCCAAGUCCGAGUUAUUUCUGUUUCCAGUUAAAAUUAAUGGGAGGCAGUCCCAGCCUUGCCGUUCUGCCUUUGGGCUUUUCAAUGUCUCCUGUCCCCACAAGUUAGGUUCCCAUUCAGGAAGCAGAUUAUCGCCCUUUACCACCAUCACCCUUGUUGACCCCUAAGAGCAGCCCCCACAUGCCACACUAUCUCCUGGUCGUAGGAUUCUGCAGACCACAGUCUUCCCAACCCUUCUGUGUUCUCCUACUCCUGGGGGCCAGGCCCUGCUGCUCUGCAGUCUUUCCUUCACAGUCCGCCUCAGGGAGGCCCCUGAGCACUGGGCUAGGGGAGGUUUCCUGCCUCUGUCCUCCUGACAUACCAUGUCCUUCUCGUCCAAAUUUCAUCUCCCUCAAUGUCCCUAACACGGUAUGUUUACAUUCCUGGUGUCUCACUGGAAAGUGAGCUCUUCCUAGGAAACAGGCAACUUCCCUCCAUUGGUGUGGAUGUCUAGGUAGGGUGUGGGGAGAUGAGGGGGAAAGAGAAUCACAGGGAGAAUCAGGGACACAGAAUGAGUCAAACAGUGAGGGAGAAUAAGUCAAAUAGAGGAUGGGGAGUUAUGUGAUGUUUUGAUAUAGUAAGCACUGAGCCCACGAGUCCAACUGUUUAUGAUGAAUAAAUUGCUCAGAGCCAUUUCUAUAGCAGACCUUCUUUCCUGUUUUCCAGUGCCAGUAUUUGGGUCUUCUUAAUUUCAUAUGUUUUGAUGUUUAAUGUGAUCUUCUGGAUAAGAGGAAUUAAAUGCUAGAGAUCAAUGUGAGUAAAACCAGGAAUGAGAAAUUCCUCUUGCUCAGGUCUAUGAAACAUGGUCUGGAUUCUUUAGGGGCAGGAGUAGGAAAGGCAAACCAUCCUGGCCAUGUCAUUCCUGUGGGGCUGGAGCUGGUUACUUUCUACUAGCCCAUUCUCACCUCCUUGUCUGCCCCAUUCCUAAAUAGGGACUUUUCAGCUCUAUUAUAACCUUAUGGGACCACUGUUGUAUAUGCAGUCUGUCAUUGACCAAAAUGUCAUUACGCAGUGCAUGACUGUACCCAAAUAUAUGCUGCCUACAAAAAAUUCACUUCAGUUUUAAGGACACAUGGAUGCAAACUGAAGGGAUGGAAAAAUAUAUUCCAUGUAAAUGGAAAUCAUAAGAGAGCAGAGGUAGCUGUACUUAUAUAAGACAAAAUAGACUUAAAAGCUGUAACAAGAGACAAGAUCAUUAUAUAAUGAUAAAGGGUUGCGUCUAUCAAGAGAAUAUAACAUUUGUAAAUAUAUUAAACAAUACCAAACCUGUAGUAAAAUGAGCAUUAUAUUUUUAUAAUGAUGGAAUGGGGAUGGCUACCAAAAUAAAACAAAAAAGUAGACAGCAUAAAAGAAAUGUUUAUGUUUCACUGUAUAAAAAUUAUAACAAAUAUAUCAGUGUACACGUGUAUGUGCAUAUGUCUGUGUGCAUGAUAAAACUACAGAAUAUAUGUAAAGUUACAUGAAAAAUGAGCCAAGUAGGAAAGUUAAUUUACAUGUACGUCUAUGAAAUAAAAUUGUAUUGAUAAAAUUUA